AUGAGAUCCGGUGCUCCUAGGCUGGCCCCCAAACCGCCUCCAAGCCCUGAGAAAAAUGUCAGCAAUUUAUUUAAACUGGAAGCUUGUCUAAAAACCGGUGUUUGGAUCCGUUGCUUCUACGUGGAACUGACAAAGGCCAGUGGCUUCAGUCACCCCAGUGAUUUUGGAAAACGCAUCAAGCUCUUCCGAAAUCUAACAAGCUUGUUGCCUUCUCACGUCGUGGAAAAGGGGUCCCAAAGGAAAGGGGCCCUCAAGUCUUGCCAGUGGUGUCCGAGAAGCCGCUCGGUGUCACAAGCACUUGAAAGUUGCAAACGUAGCCAAGAGAGAGCCCACAGUCUUCAGCCUAACUUCCUUGUAAUGAGACUUGCUCUUCCCCCGACCGGGAGUUUCCAAAAGCCAAGUAUCUCCAGACUGCAGCCCUCCGGCUUCCUCUUGCGUGGGUGUGCUCCCAGCUGUGGAAACCCGCCGUUCCUCGCGCCGUUUCACUUCCCCGGCGUCCCGGGGCCUGUCCCCGCUCAGCGGACCCGGCCGCCUCCAGCUCCCGGUGAGACGACUGCCGGGGCCUCCGUGCAGCCGGGGGCAGCGCACACGCGGGCGCCCUUCCUUGCCAGGCCUCGGAGGGGCCCCAGAGCUGCCGCCGGUACCAGCGGCGCUCUGAGACCGCGGGCGCCCCGGAACAGCGCGCGGCCGGAAGCGAGCCCCGCGGUGGGCGGCGCCUGCAGGCGGCCUCGGGGUGCCCUGCGGGCGCCCGGCCCUGGGCCUCGGUUCCCGCGCCGGCGCCAGUCCCCGGACCGACGAGAGCCGGGUGAGGCCGGCGGCGGGAGGGCCAUGCCUCGCCUCCGCCUGCUGCUGCCGCUGCUGCCGCUGCUGCUGCUGCUGCUGCCGCCGCGCCCGGGCGCGAGCCACGCGGGCCCGCCGGACGGGGCGCAGGAGCCCCUCCCGGGCCUGCGGGAGCGGCUGAGGGAGGCCGCCGCCCUGUCCCGGCGCUACUGGGCGCUCCUGCGCUGCCGCGUAUGGCCCGAGGACUGCGACGGCGACGAGGAGGCUCGCGCGGGGCCCCUGGGCUGGAGCCUUCCCCUGCUGGGCCGGCAGUACCUGGACAUCCUGACCUCCUGGUACUGCAGCUUCCAGGACUGCUGCGGCAGCGGUGACUGCAGGAUCUCCAACAACCUCACAGGCCUGGCAUCGGACCUGAGUGUACGACUGCACGGCCAGCAUCUGGCCCGGGAGCUGGUCCUGACAGCCGUGAGGGGCUACUUAGAGCCGCCGCAGCCACACAAGGCCCUGGCUCUGUCGUUCCACGGCUGGUCUGGCACAGGCAAGAACUUCGUGGCGCGGAUGCUGGCGGAGAACCUCUACCGGGAUGGGCUGAGGAGCGACUGUGUCAAGGUGUUCAUCGCCACCUUCCACUUUCCUCACCCGAAGUACGUGGACCUGUACCAGGAGCAGCUAACAAGUCAGAUCAGGAAGACACAGGAGCGCUGCCCCCAGACCCUGUUCAUUUUCGACGAGGCCGAGAAGCUGCAUCCAGGACUGCUGGAGGCCCUCCGGUCACACCUGGAAGGCCAGGCCCCCGAGAAUCACAGAGUCGAGUCCCCGAGAACCGUCUUUCUCUUUCUCAGUAACCUUGGAGGCAGUGUCAUCAAUGAGGCUGUCCUGAAUCUGCUUAUGGCCGGAUGGUCCCGGGAAGACAUUAAGCUGGACCACUUGGUGCCCCAGCUCGAGGCCGAGAUUGCCAAGUCCACAGACAGUGGCUUUGGCCAGAGCCGUCUUGUCAAAGAAAACCUGAUUGACUUCUUCGUCCCCUUCCUGCCGCUGGAGUAUCGCCACGUGAGGCUGUGUGCACGCGACGCCUUCCUGAGCCAGGAGCUCCCGUACACAGAAGAGGCACUGGACCAAAUUGCCAAGAUGAUGGUGUACGUCCCCAAGGAGGAGCAACUCUUCUCUUCUCAGGGCUGCAAAUCUAUUUCCCAGAGAAUUAACUAUUUCCUGCCUUGACUGCAAGAGGAGGACUUCCUGAAGCCGCCUGCCCUCCUCUAACAGGGCCCAUCGGGGCAGGCUGGCCUCCCGCAGUCACUCACCCACACAAGGUGUGGGAAGAAGGCGGGCCUCAAAUCGGAAGCGGAGCCAGUUCUUUCAGUCACUUGGUGCCUUAAAAAGCCACGUUCUGAAAUGUGGGCCAGGUGGUCAGAGAAAGCCACAUGGAAGAUACAUCUCAGCUCUUGCUUGCAGACACCUGUGGCUGUGGGACUCCUGGUGACAGGGAAUGGAACAAUGGAGCUGCGCAGGUUUACGGGACGGGCGGCUUAGUUUUCAAGUUGUUCCCCAAGGGAAGCUGGGUAGCUUCUGUGAGCAGAUGAGCAAAGAGCCUCAGGCUAAAGGAAAAAGUACAUAGUUAUAUACAUAUAUAUAUGUAUAUAUAAAUCAUGUCAGCAUAGGUUAUGACUAAUUCUCUUGUAAAUCUAAAAGAAAAAUUUAAGUUAGGGGCUUUGACAUGCCUGUCAUAUAUAUAAAAAUUAAAAUUCUGUAUUUUUCUAGAACCCUCAGCCUGCUUUCUUACUGAGACCUAGUAAUCAUGCUCACCCAGCAACAUUCCCAAAGCCGGGUCCUACUGAUAGAGACGUGCUGGUGCUCACGGAGCUGACAGGGUGACUGCCUGGUCAGCUGAACCGAGUUACUUCAGCCUCUCACUGAAGACGCUUUCACAGCGUCUUGCUCCUGUGUAUGAAAACGUCACUCCCAGGCUCCCAGCUGUAAAAAGAAAAAGUCUUUUUUGAGGUUUGAAUGGCCACGUAUAAACGCAUACACUGUGCCUCUAGACACCCAGGGGCUGUGAGUUGUGGGUCUCUUCCCUUCUCUUGGUUCCUUUGCUUUUCUGGAAUUGCACACGGGUCUUUGCUCUUAACAUUUGUCAUCACCUCAAGUAGCCCCUCUUAUUUAAAGCCCUCCGCAACCGUCUUACCAUUAGCCCUGGAGAAACAGGCGGCUUCUGUCUCUCUCCCCUUUAACACUUUACUGCACUCAUUUACUCAAGGCUCGGGAGUACCCAGCCUGAGCCACAUCACAAUCUCAGUACUCCAAUACACGACUAAAACCACUUUUUCUCACCACCUAUGGGCCCGCAGUGAUCUGGACCUCACUGCACAAUAAAAUGGGGGGGGGGGGGUCAGUUUUCGCCCUGGCUCACUGGCUCAGUCUG